GCAGUGGCGGAGGCCCAUCCACAUGAUUUGGAAAUCGAGCGGGGAGCUGUGGGAAGCCGGAGUUCUCCCUCCCUGCUAUCUCAGCAUCCUUCCCAGCAGUUGGGGGGGGGGAAAGGAGAAGCCAAACAGGCAAAAGUUUUUCUCUGACUCGCGAAAAGAGGAGUCGACAUGGAUGGAAAGGAGCUGUGUGUGUGUGAAUAAACGAAAAGACGUUCUUCACACGGUAAAAGGAUGAUAACAUAGCUAGCACUUUGUGUUGUUUUUUGUAUGAGAGGACACGAAAACCACAGCUGUGGGAAAGUUUCAGGCAGGGACUGGCUAUGGCGCGAGACGGCGAAGAGCCCGGGAUGGCCAAGGCUCCAAAAGCCGCAAGGCAAAGAAAGAAGAAACCAAAGGAGAACAAGACCAGGACAGUCCACGCCAACAUACUGUACGACAACGCCAAAGGGUCGGAAAACCCCAACCGAAACUAUGCAAACAACAAGAUUAAGACGACCAAAUACACCGUGCUGUCUUUCCUGCCAAAGAAUCUGUUCGAGCAGUUCCAUAGAUUUGCCAAUGUCUACUUUGUUUUCAUCGCUUUGCUGAAUUUCGUUCCAGUUGUCAAUGCCUUCCAGCCAGAACUAGCUCUGGCUCCUGUAGUUUUCAUUUUGUCUGUCACUGCCAUCAAAGACUUAUGGGAGGACUACAGAAGACACAGGUCGGACCGAGAAAUCAAUCACAUGGACUGUCUGGUGUACAGCAGAGCGGACAGACGAUAUGUGGAGAGGUACUGGAAGGAGGUGCGGGUGGGAGACUUCAUCAGGCUGCGAUGUAACGAGAUCCUCCCCGCCGAUGUUCUGCUGCUGAGCUCCAGUGACCCCGACCGGCUGUGCCACAUCGAGACCGCCACACUGGACGGAGAGACCAACCUCAAGCAGAGACAGGUCGUCCGCAGCUUCUUUGACCUGGAUUGUGAUUUUGACCCCUUAAAGUACAACGGCAUAAUUGAAUGUGAGAAGCCCAACAACGACCUGAACAGAUUCCGAGGCUACAUAAUCCAUCGAAGUGGCCGAAGAGAUGCACUUUACAAAGAAAACCUGCUGCUGAGAGGCUGCACCAUCCGCAACACCGAAGAGGCUGUGGGAAUAGUCAUUUACGCAGGUCACGAGACCAAAGCCAUGCUAAACAACAACGGCCCGCGCUACAAGCGCAGUAAACUGGAGCGACAGAUGAAUGUAGAUGUGUUCUGGUGUGUCAUCAUCCUGCUGGUCAUGUGCCUGUUUACUGCUGUUGGUCAUGGGCUGUGGAUGUUUCAGUACGGAGAUAAGAGACCUGUGUUUGACGUUCUUAGUCCAGAGGGGACAGACUUAUCACCCAUCAUGUCAGCCAUUUAUCUCUUCCUUACCAUGAUCAUCGUCUUUCAGGUGCUGAUACCUAUCUCCCUUUUUGUGUCGAUUGAAAUUGUCAAGAUCUGCCAAGUGUACUUCAUCCAUCAGGACAUGGAUCUGUACGACGAGGAGACGGACUCUCACCUGCAGUGCAGAGCUCUAAAUAUCACCGAGGAUCUCGGCCAGAUGCAAUACAUCUUCUCUGACAAGACGGGCACGUUGACGGAGAACAAGAUGGUGUUUCGCCGCUGCACUGUGGCAGGGGUGGAGUACUCCCAUGAUGCCAAUGCUAGAAGACUGGCUAUGUACCAGGAGAUGGAUUCUGAGGAGGAAGACUGUACGUCUCACGGUGGCACCCUGCCCAGGCGGGACAGUGUGACCAGCCACCAGAGCGCCCGGGUGGUCCUGCGCACCCAGAGCACCAAGUCCCACCGCAGGACGGGGAGCAGGGCGGAGGCCAAGCGAGCCAGCAUCCUGUCUAAGCACACGGCUUUCAGCAGCCCCAUGGAGAAAGAUAUCACCCCUGACCCUCAGCUUCUAGACAAAGUCAAUGAAUGCAGCAGUCAGAUGGACUUCAUGCGCUUCCACAGCCAGCCCAUGUCCCAGCUACCCUCUGACCUCGCUGACAUCAUUGAUUUCUUCAUUGCUCUCACCAUCUGCAACACGGUGGUGGUGUCUUCUCCCAACCAGCCCAGGCAGAAGGUCCGGAUGAGGUUUGAGCUGAAGUCCCCAGUUAAGACUAUCGAAGACUUCAUUAAGCGCUUCACCCCGAGCCGACUGACCUCAGGCUCCAACAGUAGCAGCUCCUCCAGCCUCAUCACCAACCGCUCCUCCAACAGGGGCUGCUCCAGCCUGCUGUCCUCCCCCUCUGCAGAGAGCACGCUCACCAAACUGGACGAGGAGCAGCCUCCCCGAGGCCCGGAGCAUUCCUUCGGCCCCGUCCCACCCUGCUACAACGGGAAGGUGUGGAACCCGGAGGACGGAGAACUGCGCUACGAGGCGGAGUCGCCUGAUGAGGCUGCGCUGGUCUACGCCGCCAGGGCCUACAAGUGCUCCCUCGUCGGACGCCUCCCAGACCAGGUGACCGUGGAACUGCCACACCUGGGGAAGUUGAGCUUUGAGCUGCUGCACACACUGGGCUUUGACUCCACCAGGAAACGCAUGUCUGUGGUGGUGAGACACCCUCUGACGGAUCAGAUCACGGUCUACACUAAAGGAGCAGACUCUGCCAUCAUGGACCUCAUCAAACCCCCCGACACAGGAAGCUCCAAAGGGAAACGCCAGAAAAAGAUUGUCAGCCGGACCCAAAACUACCUGAACCUGUAUGCUGCAGAUGGCCUUCGCACAUUGUGCAUUGCAAAAAAGAUUCUGAGCAAGGAGCAGUAUGCCUGCUGGCUGCAGCAUCACCUGCAGGCUGAGACCGCCAUCCAGGGAAGAGAGGAGCUCCUCUUUGACUCUGCCCUGCGACUGGAGACAAACCUCCAGCUUCUGGGUGCGACGGGCAUUGAGGACCGGCUGCAGGACGGUGUGCCUGAAACCAUAGCUUCUCUGCGGAUGGCCGGCCUGCAGAUAUGGGUGCUGACGGGCGACAAACAAGAGACGGCCGUCAACAUUGCAUACGCCUGCAAGCUGCUGGACCCUGAGGAGGAGAUCCUGACCCUGAAUGCUGAUUCUCAGGAGGCAUGUGCGUUGCUGCUGGAGGAGAGUUUACACUACAUCCAAGCCAAAUUCCUCUGCAGCUCCACAGACCAAGCCACCAAGGCCUUCCACAGUAACUUUGCACCCUUUGAGAUCUAUCCGUCCUCCUCUCCAUCCUCAUCCUCCCACACCACUCCCUUCACGGUGCACCAACUGGGCCUGGUCAUUGAUGGGCGGACCUUGGCCUAUGCCCUGGAUAAGAGUUUGGAGGAUAAGUUUCUGGCUGUGGCACGGAGCUGCCGCUCAGUGCUGUGCUGCCGCUCCACGCCGCUGCAGAAGAGCAUGGUGGUCAAACUGGUGCGGAACAAGCUGAAAGUCAUGACUCUGGCCAUAGGUGACGGGGCCAAUGAUGUCAGCAUGAUCCAGGUAGCGGACGUGGGCGUGGGCAUCUCGGGACAGGAGGGCAUGCAGGCGGUGAUGGCGAGUGACUUUGCCCUCCCGCGUUUCCGCUAUCUCCAGAAGCUCCUGCUGGUCCACGGACACUGGUGCUACUCCCGCCUGGCUAACAUGAUUCUCUAUUUCUUCUACAAGAAUGCUAUGUUUGUAGCGCUCAUCUUCUGGUAUCAGUUCUACUGCGGUUUCUCAGGUUCAGCCAUGAUUGACCAGUGGUAUCUUAUCUUCUUCAACCUGAUGUUCUCCGCCUUCCCACAACUCAUCACUGGCACUCUGGACAAAGACGUGUCAGCAGAGACUCUCCAACAACUACCUCAGCUGUAUGUGAACGGCCAAAACUCCGAGGAAUACAAGCCAUACAUGUUCUGGAUGAACAUGAUCGAUGCCUUCUACCAAAGUCUGGUCUGCUUCUUCAUUCCUUACUUUGCCUAUGCUGACUCUGACGUGGAUCUGUUUACAUGGGGAACGCCCAUCACCACCCUCGCUUUAUUCACCAUUCUGGUGCACUUGGGCAUUGAGACCAAAACCUGGACCUGGAUGAACUGGCUGUCCAUCGCCUUCAGCAUAGCUUUGUUCUUCACCGUGGCUCUGUGCUACAACGCCUCCUGUCCCACCUGCUACACCCCCUCCAACCCCUACUGGACCAUGCAGAGGCUGCUGCAGGACCCCCUCUUCUACCUGCUCUGUGCCAUCACACCUGGAGCAGCGCUGCUGCCCAGAUAUUUCUACAGGGCGUGUCAAGGCACGCUGUUUCCCAGCCCCGUCCAAGUUGGAAGACAGUUGGAUAAACUCCCCUCUGAAACUCGCCGGAACAUUCUGAGCCUCAGCAGGGUCAAGGUGGGGUCAGCCCUCAGCCCCAAGCCUCCUUUCCUGUCCCUCAGCAAGCCUUCCCCUAAAGGUUGCAAUAAAAAAGACCUGAGGAGGUUCCCCAGCUCCGAGACAUCACAGGGGUCCGCUUCACAGGGCCCGAGAAGCCCGCUGCAGCCUGCAGAUGGUAAUAAGGGCCCUUCAGAUCUCUACACUACAGAAAAAGACCCUCAUCCUUACUCCACAGACGAGCCACAGCCUUCUUCCACCACAGACUCGGAGUGCCUGGAUCAGACUUUAGAGGCGUCAGAUGGGAGUCUGUCCGGCUGGAUCACCUCCACGCCUCUGCUCUCUCAGACAGGCAGCGUCCAGUUGGACCUGCCCCCCUCCCGGUGCGUCAAAUACACCAGGAUCUCGGACCAGAGACUACAGUCGGACCACAGCGUUCAUCCAGCACAGAGGACAGAGCAGGUGGAGGACCAGUCGCUGCACACCACUCUGUGAUGUCUCACAGUCCUAACUAUCUUACUCAAACAACAAUUUGCACGAUAGAUUUUUUUAAAAAGUCUAAUUUUUAUUGUAUUUUUCAAGGAGAUUCUUUUAUAAAAGAUACAAAUAGGUACUUUGUAUUUAGGAUGUUUUAAAGCUUAAGAUAUUUUUGAGUUUUUGAAGAUGGAAGAACUGGAACAUCUUCCAUUUGAUUUUAUCCUGGAAUAUUUUUUUUUAUUUCAAAGAUGCAUGUCAGUAGUUGAUCAGGUUUUAAUGUGGAGGAGCGGAGGAGAGACAUUCCACUGCUGGCAUGUCUGGCAGUUUAUUUUCUUUCUCUGUUCAUUCCUUUAGCUUCGCCUGCGAAUGCAUUAGGACCAGGAUCGGAUGCCAUGCGUGGCCUUGAAUCAGUGUUGACAUUCCUGAGAAGAGACAUUUUAUGUUUUAAGUUCCCACAGAAACGAUUCUCAAAGAGUUCUGCAGACCAUUAGCCCAGUGCUCCUUUCAGUCUUCUUGCUGGAUUUGCAAACAUUUGUUUGCUAAAUUUUAAAGACCAAAAAGUGUGUUAAUAGCUGCUCUGUCAUACCGUACAUUCCAGUGAAUAAUUAUAAAAGCUAACUUCAAAUAUGAUAAUGCAUUAUGAGAAUUCACCAGUAAGUCUUUAUCCAGCAACAAUCUACCAGUAAUGAUGCUGUGUGUGUGUGUGUGUGUGUGUGUGUGUGUGUGUGUGUGUGUGUGUGUGUGUGUGUGUGUGUGUGUGUGUGUGUGUGUGUGUGUGUGUGUGUGUGUGUGUGUGUGUGUGUGUGUGUGUGUGUGUGUGUGUGUGUGUGUGUGUGUGUGUGUGUGUGUGUGUGUGUGUGUGUGUGUGUGUGUGUGUGUGUGUGUGUGUGUGUGAGUCUUUAUACUAAGCUAAGACAACCAUCUCCUACGUAGCUUCAUAUUUAGCACAGACAGGGUAUGAGUUGUUAAUCUUCUCAUCUAACUAAUCCUCUAAUGGUAUUUCCCAAAAUAUCGAACUAUUCCUUUAAGCGCUGUGCAGUAGUUGGACAACAGGCUAUCGUCACGGUUUACCUUUUGUCCUUUUCUAUCCGUUCAUUUCAUCGCAGAGUUGAUCCCGAUCCGGUCUAGUCGUCGUUCUGCUGGCGCUCACCUGAACCAAAAAGCUGAAAGAAAGUAUUUUUCCAAAUGUAAAAGAUGUGGCUUUAAGAUUCAAAUUUGCACUUUGAAAGCAUUAUUUUUUAGAAUAUCCAUGGAGUAUUGUUGGUGCUGGCGGCAUGUUCCAUGCUGAAGUACUACAAGGUUGGGACGUUUUAUUCCUUUCACACUUCUGAAAAAGAAUCGUGCUGUUCUUGUUGACAUUAAUGAACCAGUUCCAGUAUGGGAGAUUAGAAACAUGCUACACUUUGUUUCAUUGUUAAGCAUUUAACGCAGCAGCACCUUUUAAUGUGUCACGAUUGUGUAUCUCUUGUGUCAUUGCAGUACAUUUUUUCUAGAGUGUAUCAUUUACCAAAGAUCAUUUAUAAUUCUGUAUUCUCUAAGCAAUAGUAUGUGCCUUAACACUGGAAAAGAAAUUACAAAUCUCAGAGUUUGCUUCCGAUGCUGCAGCGGUGUCCGUUCAGUGAGGUGUGUUGCUGUGGAUGAUAUUUAUGAGGCGAUAUGCUAUGUGCUUUCUUUUUUGCACACGGCGCCUUUUUUCUGGCAUGUUGUUCGCAUUCUGACUGCUCAGUCUGUCCACUUGGUUUUAUAGGUUUCUGUCUGCUGUGUGCUUUACACCCAAUGUGCCAGAAUGAAGCUCAGGCUGAAUUCCAACACUUUUACGCACAGGAAACUUCCCUCUCACCGUACACGGCAUUGAGACAAAUCUGAGCUCCAUUUGUUGGUUUAUAAUUUUGUAUUUUGGUUACCAUGUAAGCCUUCUGUAACUUUGUUACAUUAUACAUUGUGACAAAUGAUCUGCUGUUAAAGUUCAGUGUCAUUCCAAGGUAUUAAUCUAGAUGUCUAAUAGACCCAUCACACUGGUCUAGCCUCUCUAAAUUGUAGCAGUGAGAAGUUGCAGCCCACCUCUUUGUCCUUUGAGUAAUUGGAGAUUACUUGUACCGUUGCUACUUGUGAACAAGAUAAAAAUGACAAUAAUAAAGUAUUUAUCCUUU